AUGGCGCUCAAUACUCAAUACCCACGCAUCUCCUUGGCAUUGAUCUUCAUUUUGGGGGCUUUGGCUUCUCAAGCCAUAGCUCGAUCUCUGCAAGAUGCAUCAAUAAAUGAGAGGCAUGAGAAAUGGAUGGCUCAGUAUGGAAAAGUAUAUAAAGAUGCUAAUGAGAAAGUCAUCCGUCGCAAAAUAUUCAAGAGAAACGUAGAGAGGAUAGAAUCCUUUAACAAAGCUGGAGGAAAACCAUACAAGCUAGGCAUCAAUCAGUUUGCAGAUCUUACAAAUGAAGAAUUCAAGACCUCACGAAACAGAUUCAAAGGCCAUAUGUGUUCUCCGCAAGCAGGUCCUUUCAGGUAUGAAAAUGUUACUGCAGUGCCAUCUUCCAUGGAUUGGAGAAAGAAAGGUGCAGUCACACCCAUCAAGGACCAAGGCCAGUGUGGAUCAUGCUGGGCAUUUUCAACAGUGGCUGCAGUAGAAGGAAUUACUCAGCUAACAACUAAGAAAUUGAUUUCACUUUCUGAGCAAGAACUAGUUGACUGUGACACUAAAGGAGAGGAUCAAGGCUGCCAGGGCGGUCUAAUGGAUGAUGCAUUCAAAUUCAUAGAAAACAAUCAGGGCCUGACCACAGAGGCUAAUUACCCUUACGUGGGAUCUGAUGGAACAUGCAACACCAAAAAGGAAGCCAACCAUGCAGCCAAAAUAACUGGCUAUGAAGAUGUACCAGCCAAUAAUGAGGCAGCAUUAUUGAAGGCUGUUACAAAUCAACCAGUUUCAGUUGCUAUUGAUGCUGGGGGCUUUGCAUUUCAGUUCUAUUCAAGUGGGAUUUUUACCGGAGAUUGUGGGACGGAGUUAGAUCAUGGUGUUGCUGCUGUUGGUUAUGGAGUUAGCAAUGGAACAAAGUAUUGGCUAGUGAAGAAUUCAUGGGGCACGCAAUGGGGCGAAGAAGGGUAUAUAAGGAUGCAAAGAGAUAUUGACGCUAAGGAAGGGCUUUGUGGUAUAGCCAUGCAAGCAUCUUACCCUACUGCAUAAAAUUCAAUAUAAGAACAAAAGCUAUAUAAUUAGUACAUGUAUACAUAACAUCAGUAUGCUUGUUUUUAAAGUUUGAUUGUUCAUAACCUGAAAUAGUUCUUGUACAAGACACUACAAGUUUGUAUAUUUGCAAUUAUUAUAUAAUAUGAAUGUUGUCCAAUUCUUGUACAACAUCCUA